AUGGUCUGGUCGGUGUCGUGGGGUGUCAUCCCCGACAUUGAGAUUCUCCCAAACAUUGGGGGUGCUCCUGCAGCGUGGAAGGGCACCAGGGCCGAUGCUGAGGCGGAGGAAGAUGAGAUGGACGGCGCCGAUGAACCUGAUCUUGAUGCGACUAUCCACCAGGCAUCCUCGGUGCCAGUCUCUGAUUGGUAUCAGUGCUUGUGCUGUGGUGGCUACAGCACGCUUGAAGUCCUUGACAUUCUUCGACGCAUUGACAAUGACAUGGAUCUAUCCUUACUGUUAUCUCGGAUAUUGAGGGGGAGGAGGAUGGGGCGGAUGAGGCAGAAUCAGAUAGAGAUGAAACAGGCACUUGACAUUUAUUUAGAACACCAAUAA